ACACGGUCACACAGAGACCUCAAAGUGGAACAUGCUCUCUCCAACCGGAUGGUAGUCGAAAGACGUUGAACGAGUCUUCAGUCGAUCGUCGAGUACCGAACGAUUUGACACGAUGGGCAUCGUACAGACUAUUACAGCGACAGCGUUCGUAUACAGCAUAGCUUUUAUUGCGGCUGGCAUGGUCUUAGCCCGUCUUAGCCUCAGUAUUCUCUUACACCCUACCCGGAUAUUCUGGAGGGUAAAACGUCGCCAAACACCGCCAGAGUGCCUCACAGACACUACCUACGGUAUCCACGGAUACCUUCCAGUUGAGGGAGUGAAAAUCCACUAUGUUGAAAAAGGCGACAGAUCAAAGCCACUAAUGCUAUUUAUUCAUGGAUUUCCAGAGUUUUGGUACUCGUGGCGACAUCAAAUUAAAGAAUUUUCCAAAGAUUACUGGACUGUCGCUGUAGAUAUGCGUGGAUAUGGGGAUUCUGACAAACCAGUAGGACUCGAGGACUACAAAAUGUCUCACCUUGUUAAUGACAUAAAGGAAAUUAUAGAAGCUUUAGGUCAUGAGAAAUGUACUCUGGUCGCGCAUGGCUUCGGCGGGGCAAUUGCAUGGAACUUCGUCAUGUUACAUCCUGAGAUGUUGAACAACUACAUUAUUCUAGAUGCGCCAUAUUCUCCAUCAAACUUCAGAAUAUUAACUUCGAACCUGUUUCAGAUCUUCAUGUCAUGGGAUGUGUUUUAUUUCCAACUUCCAUAUCUACCAGAAUUAAUGUUCAGAGCUUAUGACAUGGUGAGAUUCAAGCAUCUAUUCAGAGGAUCAACACCAAGAAGUCUCUCACCAGUGUCAGAUGAAGAUUUAGAAGCUUACAAGUACACUUUUGCGAAGCCAGGAGCGUUUACACCGCCCAUCAACUACUUCAGAGCAAAUGGUUUCUCACUUUCGCCACCGAAAUCAAAACUGAAGAAAGACAUCGAAGCACCAGGACUCUACAUGUUUGGUGAACAUGAUGAUCAUUUAGUGUAUGACCACUUGUGGGCGGCUCAGAGCUACAUUAAGAAUCUAAACGUGAAAAUGGUCAAAGGCGCAAAUCACUACGCCCAACAGGAUGAUCCUGAAAAAGUUAAUACCUUAAUCAGAGAUUUUCUUAAAAUCACACACCCAAAAGUGGAGCAGUCUGUUGCAAUAUGAUGUUCAUCUUUUUGAAUUUCAAAUCUCAGAUCCACGACACAUCCAACAAUGAAAGAAAGUUGUGGUAAAACUUUAUUUGUCGUUUUAUAAAGUUUUGUAGCUUGAUACAAAGUUAAUUUUACAUCUUGUAUAAAGGCUAUUUAAUUAUGUUACUAAAUAAAUUACCCUGAAACUAUAA